GCAUGCGACACCACACCUCGAUACCCCACGCGCCACCCAAUAUCCACAAGGAAUAAGGACGUCAGCACCAAGAACCGUACACUGAAAUUCAUCCAAUCAGACGACCGUAUCAACGAACUACCACCACGAUGAUCCGGAAACAAGCGCGUGAAAGGCGCGACUACCUCUACCGCCGUGCAUUAACUCUGCGCGAUGCAGAACUUGCAUCCAAGAGAGCCGCACUCAAAGAAUCUCUCGCAAGCGGAAAGCCGCUUUCAAAAGACGUCGCCAACGACACAGCCCUAAGAGAAGACUACAAGUACGACGAGAGCAGAGCAGAUAGGACAGUCGAGGAAGAGCUAGGCUUGGAUGACGAAUAUGCGCAGCUAUCUGGAGUCGUCGACCCAAGAAUUCUCGUCACAACCAGUCGAGACCCUUCAAGCAGACUCGGCACCUUUGCCAAAGAAAUCCGAUUACUCCUCCCCACCUCAAUCCGCCUGAACCGCGGAAACAUGAUCUUGCCCAACCUAGUCGAAAGCGCAAAGUCUGGAGGUCUAAGCGAUAUGGUACUCCUACACGAACACAGAGGUACUCCGACUGCCUUGACGGUCUCACAUUUCCCCCACGGACCCACUGCUAGUUUCUCACUUCAUAACGUAGUCCUCCGAGCAGACAUCCCCAACUCCUCGCGCGGUACAGUCUCAGAAAGCUACCCACAUCUCAUCUUCGAAGGCUUCACCACAAAACUCGGCCAACGCUGCGUUCAGAUUCUAAAACACCUGUUUCCACCUCGAGAAGCAAAUGCUAAAGUGGGGAAUCGUGUCGUUACUUUCAAGAACAUAGAAGAUACAAUUGAAGUCCGUCACCAUGUUUUUGUAAAGACGGGGUACCAGUCUGUGGAGCUGGCUGAGGUCGGGCCGAGGAUGAGCAUGCGGCUGUUUGAGAUUAGGGCGGGUACGCUGGACAAUAAAGAGGGAGAUGUCGAAUGGCAUCUCAACCAGUACACAAGGACUGGUAGGAAGAAGGAUUACUUGUAAGGGUUUGGGGGUAAUUCAUGAAUUCGUCUGGACUGUUUUUUUUGUGUUCGAUCGGCCUUUCCUCGUUCAUGGGAUAGUAACGUCAUGUGGAAGUUGGGCAUGAAGAGAUGAUUAGGAAAAGGGGGAAUAAGAAAAGUCGGAUCGAGGUCUUUUUGCACUUUAAAAUGGUUUUAGUGCAUAUGAGUUAGGGGCAAGGCGUUCAAGCAUGCAUGAGGGACAACAAAAGAGCCCAACAAUAUCAAUAUGCAAAAUCGCAAACUUUGGCUGGGCGACUUGAACUUGGUCGAGUGAAACCGGGUUUUGCGUAGCUCACAUUUGAUCUAUA